AAAGACAUGAGUGGCAGCUUCCUUAUUAGUCAGAGGCAGAAGAGGCUGAACCUGAAUAUUUGUUGUAAUCAAAUUGUAAAUGUUCUCCCUUUUUAUGGGCUGUGUUCAGCAUUAUUGCAAGCAUGUGGUUUUUGGUGUGGUGUUUCUUCAGCAAAGCUUGUCAUUAGCUUCAAAGUAACUCUGCAUGAUGUGAUUACAGAGCAGACUUUGGCAGAUUAAAGAGCAAGGGGGAAAAAACUACUGCUGAAAUCUAAGAAGAACAAAACAAGAAAUCAGUGAGCUGUAGCAGCUAUGGCGUCGGAUGCCAGCCACAUGCUGGAGGCAGCACUUGUUCAAAUGGAUGACAUCAUAGCAGGUACAAAAGCAGUCACGGAGUAUGCCAAUGGAAUCUUUGAUGCAGGAUCUUCAGUUUCUGUAGAAUACUUUGGGGCAAUAUCCAUUUUGCACCUUGUAGAAGAGCUGAAAAUAUCCCUUGAAAUGAUUGAGAGUGCUGAAGAAAGAGAAGUAUUAAGGAGUCAAAUUCCUGACACAACAGCAACCUAUGUUAUUGAGUGGCUGGAGUGUAACUUUGUAAAUCAUACAGCAGUGAACAAUGAAACCUAUCAAGAACGACUGACACGUUUGGAAGGUGACAAGGAGUCUCUGAUUUUACAGGUGAGCGUGCUCACAGAUCAAGUGGAAGCCCAGGGGGACAAGAUUCGUGAUCUGGAAACCUGCGUGGAAUCGCACAACCUAAAACUUAAUGCAACCGAAGAAAUGCUACAGCAGGAGCUUUUAAGUCGCACAUCUCUCGAAACCCAAAAACUGGAUCUGAUGGCUGAGCUUUCAGAUCUAAAAAUAAAGAUGGUCGGACUUGAAAAAGAGAGGCAUGAUUUUGAAGACUCCAAUAGCAAGGCAGAGUCAGUAGUGAAUCUGAUAAAUGAGCUUCAAGAACAAAUGUGCAAACUGCAUAUGGAGAUCAAUAGUAAGAUACAUGAGAGAGAGUCACAGAAUAGCGCGUCUGAUCCCCAUAAGCCUAUCCUCGCCAACACUUGCUGCCUCACUGAGCCCCCUCAGCAGGUGCACUGCUCAGGAUGUGAAGGGAUGGCUAGUCUUCUGCAAGAACUUAAAAACCUGAAAAUUAAAGUGGAAGAACUGGAAAAUGAAAGAGCACAAUAUGAGUGGAAAUUGAAGGCAACAAAAGCUGAGAUUGCACAACUCCAGGAACAGCUAGCACUGAAGGAUGCGGAAAUUGAGCGGUUGCAAAGUCAAAUUACCUCCAAGAACACUGCUCAGAAUGAAUCUGCUGAAAGAGAAGAAGUAUUUAGGAGAAAGAUGAAAGAAAAACAUCAAGAAGUUCAGAGGCUGAAACUGGGAUUGGAAACCUUAUUAGCUGCAAAUGAAGAAAAGGACCUGCGUAUAGAGGAGCUGACAGUUCUGCUAAACCAGUACAAACGGGUGAAGAAUCUUGCAAUGUCAUCUCAUGGCUCUUCUGAAAGGAUUCUCUCCGGAAGCAGUGAUGAUGAACUGGAAGCUACAUUAAAGAAACUUAGUCCUUUUAAUAAUCAGACAGCAGAAUUGCUUAAAUUAGAGGUGUGUUCCAGUGACUCCUUACUUCCUCCAUCAUCUUCACCACCACACAAUCAUUUAGAAACCAAUGGGAGCUGCCCCAGUCCUGAAAUCUGCAUCUCUUCUCAGGAGGAGCCUUCUGAGACAAAGUAUAGAACACAUCCUAGGAAGCUGUCCACUAGUUUGGAAGAUUUGCAGAGUGGGUCUUUGGAAAAGCAUGUUGAGCGGGAAAUCCCAGAACCUGUUGUAACAGAUGAGAAUAAACCUAACAUGGAAGAUCCCAGAUACCAAACGUUGCCAGGAAAACUCACCCGACCCACUCAGAACGGAGCACAGGAAAAACCUGCUUCACACAAUGUUCUUCAUGUACCUGGGGAGAUCAAUGGGUUCCAGAGCUUAUAUAUCUUCAGAAGUGCCAGUGCCCCUGUAAUAGGUGAAACUGAAACCAGCUUGGAAAACACAAGAUCUUCACAUGACCUGUCACUGUCUUCGGGGACAGACUCCAGUCCUCAGUCACCAUUAUCUCCAGAAGGCAAGAAAAAUGCGAAGGGUAUCAAAAAGUUCUGGGGAAAAAUUCGGAGAACUCCAUCUGGAAACUUUAACACAGAUGACUUGGGGUUAUCAGAGUUUAAGAGAGGAGGUAUGCGUGCAACAGCAGGACCAAGGCUCUCCAGGACAAAGGAUCCUAGAAAUAUAAAUAGUGACUACAAUGCUCCUUUCGCUCAGUGGAAUACGGAGCAAGUCUGUAAUUGGCUUGAAGACUUUGGUUUGGGUCAGUAUGUUAUCUUUGCAAGACAGUGGGUGAGCUCUGGACACACAUUAUUGACAGCAACACCUCAGGCUAUGGAAAAGGAAUUGGGGAUAAAAAAUCCAUUACACAGAAAAAAACUCCAGUUAGCUAUUAAUGGUCUAAAUAUUAAAAAAGAAGAGAAAUCUGGAAUAUUAGACCACAUAUGGGUAACAAGGUGGCUUGAUGAUAUUGGCUUACCACAAUACAAAGACCAGUUUCAUGAAUCUCGUGUAGAUGGAAAAAUGCUACAAUAUUUGACUGUGAAUGACCUUCUCUUUCUGAAAGUCACCAGCCAGCUACACCAUCUCAGUAUUAAAUGUGCAAUACAUGUUUUACAUGCUAACAAGUUUAACCCAAACUGCCUUCGUAGACGACCUGCUGAUGAGAAUAACAUCUCCCCUUCGGAAGUGGUCCAGUGGUCCAAUCACAGAGUUAUGGAGUGGCUGAGGUCAGUAGACCUGGCAGAAUACGCACCAAACCUCCGCGGCAGUGGCGUUCAUGGUGGCCUUGUUAUACUUGAACCUCGUUUUAAUGCUGACACACUGGCUAUGCUGCUAAACAUUCCACCUCAGAAGACCUUAUUGAGAAGACACCUAGCAACUAAUUUCAACUUACUAAUUGGCCCUGAAGCUCAGCAGGAGAAGAGAGAAAUUAUGGAAAGCACAACUUACACACCCCUCUCUACCACUGCCAAAGUCCGGCCAAAGAAACUUGGGUUGUCACAUUUUGGAAACCUUCGUAAGAAGAAAUUUGAUGACUCCACAGACUAUGUGUGUCCUGUGGACACAAGUAACGGUACCCAAAAAAGCUACGGAGAUUUUAAAAUCCCAAGUACUGUCCCUUCCAAAGACCUGGGCAACCUGGAGCAGGUGGGCAAACUAAUCUGAUGGCAUCUGCAUCCAACGUCAUAUCAUUGUCCUCAGUGUUUAUCAAAGCUUGCAAAUAACCCUGCUUCUCCAUGCCAACCCCCUUACCAACAUCAUCAGCAUGGCUUCAUCAAGGCGAUCCGAUGAACAGUUUUAUAGACCUUUUUAUUUUUUCUAUAAGAUAUUUUAUUAUGAGAUGAACCAAGGAAUUCUUAAUAUUUUUAUCAAAUCAAGCAUGAAAAAGUUAUUGGAUCAGCCUGAAAUAACCGACACAUUGGAUGUUUUUAGGAUUUAACUUUUUAUGGAAUUUAGUUUUUAACAUAACUGCAAAUAUUUAAAUACAUCUAGGACAAAUAACGGUGUAAAUAUUCAUACAUACUUUAUAUUGCGCAAGUGUAAAAAAAAUGUAAUUUGGAAAAAAAUGUGCAAUUAUAACGUCAAAAUGAAAGUGUUCUGUAUAUUUUACAUAGUGAAUCGAUUACUACAAUUGUGCGAUAAUUCUUUAUAUAUUUCAUUUAGUCAAGGAAAUGGAAAUCCCAUAAAGAAAUAAAAAACUUUUCAACGUU